ACUGUGGAGUGUGCAAAGAGCCCAAUAUAGUGUGUAGACAAGACACAAGACAACAAGCAAUAACUGAGUAAGAUCGAAAUGGAGAACUCUUACUGCCGUUGGGUGCUUGUAUGUUCGGUUCUUGCGCUGUGCCUCGGUAGCCGGGGUGCGAGGUGUGAGCUAACACCAAAUUUCUACCACAGCACUUGCCCUCAGCUGUACUAUAUUGUGCGGCAUCAUGUGUUCGUUGCCAUGAGAGCUGAGAUGAGGAUGGGUGCCUCCCUCCUCAGGCUACAUUUCCAUGACUGCUUUGUCAAUGGGUGUGACGGUUCGAUCCUUUUGGAUGGCUCCGAUGGCGAGAAGUUUGCAAGACCCAACCUGAACUCAGUCAGAGGGUACGAGGUCAUUGACGCGAUAAAGGCUGAUCUCGAGCGCGUCUGCCCCGAGGUGGUGUCAUGCGCUGACAUUGUAGCCCUUGCAGCCAGCUAUGGAGUACUCUUUAGUGGAGGGCCUUACUACAAUGUUCUUCUGGGGAGAAAGGACGGGCUGGUGGCCAAUCAGUCUGGAGCUGACAACGGUUUGCCUUCGCCGUUCGAACCCAUUGAUUUGAUUAUUCAGAAGUUCGACGAUGUGGGCCUGAACACGACCGACGUCGUGGUCUUAUCAGGAGCCCACACUAUCGGGCGAGCCCGGUGCGCGCUGUUCAGCAACCGGCUGUCCAACUUCUCGACCACGGAGUCAGUUGACCCGACGCUGGAGGCCAGCCUCGCCGACAGCCUCGAGAGCCUCUGCGCAGGCGGCGACGGCAACCAGACCUCUGCGCUCGACGUCACGUCCCCCUACGUGUUCGACAACAACUACUACAAGAACCUCCUGACGGAGAAGGGCCUCCUGUCCUCCGAUCAGGGUCUCUUCUCCAGCCCUGAAGGCGUCGCCAACACAAAGGAUUUGGUGGAGACCUACAGCAGUAAUAGCGAACAGUUCUUCUGUGACUUCGUCUGGUCCAUGAUCAAGAUGGGGAACAUCCCGCUCACGGCCAACGACGGGGAGAUCCGCAAGAACUGCAGAGUAGCGAACUAAUAACAAGUGACGAUCAGCUGAUUUCAGUCAUUCACUGUUGUUUCUUGUUUGUGUGAACUGUGUGAAGGCACCUAUGUAAGGUUUAUAGGUGCAACGUUAAGCAGCUACAUGCUUAAGAAGAUGAAUAAUAAGGACUGAACACUUCCAAAUUGGUCCCAA